UGCAUGUACAAUCAAUGUAGGUGAACUGAAAUUAACAGAAGACAAAGCAAAGGUGGCUGCAGAGCAAGUUAGAACUACAACAUUUAUUUUCAUAGUUCAUUUUCAUUUACACUAAAUGAGUGACAGCCACAACCUGCGAAAUGUCAAACGAACAGUCGCUUAUGUAUAUGGUCCUGAAUAUACAGAAAUCUGUGAUUCUCUCUCUAAAGUUCCAAACCGGGCAUCAAUGGUUCACUCCUUGAUAGAGGCGUAUGGUUUGAUGAAGUAUAUGAAAGUCAUAAAACCACAGGUUGCUUCUAUGGAGCAGAUGGCGGCAUUUCACACAGGCUCUUACCUGGAACACCUGCACAAAAUCAGUCAGGAUGGCGAUAAUGAUGACCCGCAGUCUUCUGAUUUUGGUUUAGGCUAUGAUUGCCCUGUGGUGGAAGGCAUCUUUGACUACGCUGCAGCUGUUGGUGGUGCCACACUGACGGCUGCCCAGUCUCUCCUGGAUGGAAAAUGUGAGGUGGCCAUCAACUGGGCAGGGGGGUGGCACCAUGCCAAGAAGGAUGAGGCGUCUGGCUUCUGCUAUGUGAACGAUGCGGUCCUUGGCAUCCUCAAACUGAGGGAGAAGUAUGACCGUGUCCUGUACAUAGAUGUGGACCUUCAUCAUGGUGAUGGAGUGGAGGAUGCUUUCACUUUUACAUCCAAAGUUAUGACCGUGUCAAUGCACAAGUUCUCUCCAGGCUUCUUCCCAGGCACAGGUGACCUGACUGACACAGGCCUAGGGAAAGGACGCUGGUAUGCUGUCAAUGUUCCACUGGACGAUGGGAUUGGAGACGACAAGUAUUUUCAGGUUUUUACCAGUGUGAUCCAGCAGGUUAAGGCGUUGUUUAACCCAGAGGCCAUUGUGAUGCAGCUAGGGGCCGACACCAUCGCAGGGGACCCCAUGUGCUCCUUCAACAUGACUCCGGUGGGCAUCGGCAGGUGUCUUCAGUAUGUCUUAGAAUGGGAGCUGCCUACACUACUGCUUGGAGGAGGAGGUUAUAAUCUUGCCAACACCGCUCGAUGCUGGGCGUAUCUGACAGGGACUAUUUUGGGUCAGUCGUUGGCAUCAGAGAUCCCAGACCAUGAGUUCUUCACAGAGUAUGGACCUGAUUAUUCACUCGAGAUCAGCCCAAGCUGCAGACCUGACCGUAAUGAUGCCCAGCAGCUAGAGCGCGUCAUCAGCACCAUCCGAGGGAAUCUGAAGAAUGUAGUUUAAGAGUGGGCCGUGGGCUUGUGUUUGGCCUAAUGAAGACAGUAUGUGGAAGCCAUCGCCAGAGAGGAGCUGCAGAAAACAUCACUUGAAUGUUUCCAGGAAUCUACUUUAAUAUGUACAUGACAAUAGAGAUUUUUCAUUUCAUUUUCAAAAUACUCAUUCUCCAAAUACACACAAAAACAUGGAUGGACCAAAAUUCUGCCACCAUCUUAGCGUUCCGUCAGAAAGUAGUGUCUCAUCCAAGGAUUUUUACCUGAAGAAAAGUUUGUUUUGCCCAUAUGGUUCUGCCAUGUUGAUUGAUAUGGAUGAUGAUAUAUGUUUGUUGUUUGUUUUUGCUUUUUUGUAUAUGAUGUACCUUCACAAAUCCCAUAUUCCAUUUGCAGAUAAAGUCAUAAUUCACGCUGUUUUUGAGAUUUAAGGAAAUAUUUGGUGGCUAGUACAAAUGUUUUCAAAGGG